AUGGAGGGGAACACACCGUCUGUAGCUCUGUCCGAGCAAGCUGCGCCGCUUCUUGGAGUUGAACAAACUGAGGAUGUUUCCUACAAUGGGUGGCAGGAAGAAGAAUUACAAGAUGGGGAGCCCCUCGUCCACAAGCGCGCCAGGUGGCGAUGGAGCCUCUAUGUCCCAGUUUUGACCAUCUUGGCGGCUCUGGCCGUCACCUCCACUCUUUUUGUCCUUAUCACAUACUCUCCGGUUGUGCUGCGGGUGCCAGAAGCAACAUCAUCGGCUCCAGCGACAUCAGACAGAGCUAUCAAGCUCGUGCUUCAUCCGGAGGAUCAUGUUUCACGCGAAGCCAAGGCCACCCGCUUGUCGUGGAACAUCACCAUGGCUCGGCUAGCUCCAGAUGGUGUUCAGAGAGACGUUAUUCUUGUCAAUGGCCAAUUCCCUGGUCCUACGGUCGAAGCUCGAUCCGGCGACACUCUUGUGAUUGAGGUUUUCAACUCUAUAGAUGAGAGUCUGACCCUGCACUGGCAUGGCCUUCAUAUGAAAGGGGCAAAUCAUAUGGAUGGUCCCGACGGGUUCAAUCAGUGUCCUAUUCCCCCGGGAGGAAAGUUUGUCUAUGAGAUUCCAACGGACAGCCAGUCGGGAACAUUUUGGUACCAUGCGCAUUCGGAACUACAGCGAGCCGAUGGAUUGUAUGGAGGUUUCAUCAUACACAAUCCCUACAAGGCAGAAGCGUCGACAUAUCAGUACGACCAGGAACUUCUGUUCUUGAUCGGCGACUGGUAUCAUUUCGUCGGCAAGGAAAUUUUUGCUGUUUUCAAGGAUCCGACCAGCAACGGCGACGAGCCUUGCCCCAGCUCUUUUCUCAUCAACGGUCGCGGCUACUUUGAUUGCUCCAACGUUGUUCCUGCAGCACCGGUGAACUGCUCCGAGACGCAGAUGCCAUCUAUCGUCCUUGACAAGAAGCUUCGUUACAGAUUUAGGCUCAUCAAUGUUGGCUCUCUGAGUGGUAUAUCGACAACGGUAUCAGAUGGGACAAUGAAAGCAAUCCAGAUAGAUGGCGGCCUUCCUGUGGUCUCGCACGAAGCCAACUCGAUAGGCGUUCUCUACCCGGCACAAAGAGUGGACUUCAUCUUGUCGUGGCCCGAAUCUGCUGCGCAGACGGACACGGAGCUUAUGAUCACCGUGGACGACGAGUACUACGUUCUCAGCAUGUUAGAUCCCCCGUCUCGAUCAGUCCAGAUCUCGCCAGCCUCUUCCACGGGUCGUCCCUCUGAGGAGGUUCCUUCAUACGAGAACUCGCCCAGCAUCGUCCAAUUUGAUCUCCGGGAAGCUCAUGGGCCCGUGUUGACUUCAUCGUUGCCGGACCCGGAUAAUCUCUACAUGAUCUACUCGGUGGUAGAGAUUUUGUCCCACAACAAAUAUAUCCCAAAGGGCUACAUCAACCACACAAGCUGGAUCCCACAAAAAAAGCCACUGCUUAGCACAGUUCGAAGUGAGUGGGACAACCACCAGCUUGUUCCCUGGACUGGAAGCAAGCCCGUAUGGGUGGAGUUGACGAUCAACAACAUCGACACCCAAGGCCACUCAUUCCAUCUUCACGGCUUCGACUUCUAUGUUAUCGCCUCCUAUGAAGGACUGGGCGGUUGGGAUUAUUAUAAUCCCUUUACACCCUGGACGCUUCCCCGCGGAGGACCUUUCAAUGUCGUAGACCCCCUUCAGAGAGAUACGAUAUACGUACCCCCAUAUGGUUAUGCUGUCCUCAGAUUCUUGGCAGACAAUGAAGGGAUAUGGCUUCUGCACUGCCACAUCUUAUGGCACGCAGCCAGUGGCAUGACCAUGGCAUUCCAGGUUCUCGGUGACGAGAUUGGUCUCAGCCAAAGUAGUGCAGGACUCGCCGCCAAAGAGUAUUGCGAGGCGAGCAGUAUAUGA